AUGGCAACCACCGAGCCUCCAUUGCAAACGAUUAUCGAAGAUGAGGAGGAAUUUCUGAAAGAUGCCGAAGAGUAUAUGCGCCAAAGAGGGGUGCCUUUCGAUCGAGAAGGAAAAGUUGCAGGACGACCGGCACCUCUGCACAGACUAUAUACUCUUGUCAUGGAAAGAGGUGGCUACGAUGCUGUGAGCGACACGCGCAUGGCGUGGCGAGAAAUAUGUUCGAAUUUCAAUUUCCCGAAAGCUCACGAUGGGGCCAUGAGCUAUCAAUUGAAGCAAUUGUACUACAAAAACUUAGCCGCCUACGAAAUCGAAAAGUACUGGGGAGAAACGCCUCCACCCCCAAGCCUGCUAGAACACACGACCGCAAAAGGAGGAGAUGUGAGGAAGAGGACUCACGAGGCUAUGACAGGCAUUCUCACAAGCAACAACCAGGACAGCGACGAGAUGAUGCCUGACACACCACAGCAUACGCCUAAACAAGAAAGACCAGAAGCCGACGACCAGGGAAGUGCUACCAGAUAUCCCAGUCGCUUGCGCCAGCAGCCCAAGCCUGUACAACUAUACCAGCCCGAUCCUACAACUUCUCGAGCGACACGUAUGCGCACUACCCAUUCUCCCCAGCCUGCCACUAUAUACACUCAGCAUUCUUUUGCCAACAAUACCAGUAACCCACGCGAUCCCAAUUUCAAGAUCGAGAACUAUGAACCCCGACCAUCCAUACCUCUUACGUUGAGACCUCUGAUCACUCCUAGUAGCAAUUCAGACGUGUUCUAUCAACGAAAGGCUAUGUCAAAGAUGACCCCAGUGCAGCGGACGCCCCUUCCUCAAGAUCUGCUUCGGUUCACACUACCGAAAUCUACUUUUGACGGCCCCAAUAUCUACGUUCGAUGCGUCCAAGGACUCAAAUCUGGCAUUCAACGUGAGCAAGAGUUCGCAUUACACCACCUGGUCAAAGUCUCUCACGAACGAGGCGACAAAUUCAAAUUUGAAGGCUUUCCAACGUUAGCUGAAGCACUCAUGGAGAAAGCAAUCGAGGUAGCUGAGCUCGCUUUUGGUGUUUCGUUCCAGGUGUCUUAUAUGGAGCCUCGCGGCAGAAUUGCUGAAAAUGUGCUUAAUGCAGUACACGGAACUGAGAACCUCAUACACAAACUCUCAUUUCUCUCACCGUCCCUAGCAGAAAACGAGAUUGAGCCCAAAGACUAUGUGCAGAGGCUUGAGAGAGUCAAUGAAGCUACUCUUGUGAUACGAAACAUGGUCACGCUUGAAGAGAAUGCUCUGUUUUUGUCAAGAAUGGCACUUUUUCGGGAUCUUCUCAUCCUUCUGCUGAAUCUUCCACGACAGUCAAGGUUUGACGAGAUCAGACAAUAUGCACUCGACAUGGCCGAGAUGACGACAAGGUACUGGAAUGUGGCUGAAGAUGAUGAGCUAUACCAAUCACUGGUACGCGAACUGGCUUCAGGAGACAGAGGUAAGAUCGUUCGAGCGCUUGGAGCCAUAUAUCGGUUUGAUGCGGAAGCUGAUCGAGUCCACCCUAUUGAGGGUAUCCCCUUGAGCACAUUCGAAGAACUGGUACGUUGCUGUAUGCUUGAGGACGAUGAGUUCAUCGAAGCUAUUAUCAACUUUCUGUACGCAUGGUCUGCUUUCCCAGAUGACCUUGGCAGAGUGCUCAGAAUCCCAGCAGCAUCGGAUGGCAAAUUCCAAUCUAAAGAUGUUCAGGUGCCUGAAGGUGGUUACACGUGCAAAUGGAUCAACUGUCAUAAACACAAUGCUAUCGACACUCCGGGUGCACUGGGUCGUCAUCUUCGAAUGCAUGUACCUGAGAAUGCUGAGCAGAAUCGAGCAUUGAUAUACAGGUUGGCUGGUGAGCGGCCAGAGGCAGAAAAGGGUGUCGUCAAUGUUCCCCAUACCUUCUUACGAACUGCAGUGGAUGAAAAAGGCUAUCCUAUGGGUACACCAUUCAUGAGCGCCCUGCUUCUACGCAACCUCGCACGAUAUGUGGGUCGACAUGGCGGAAGCGAACAGCAACGAAAAGAGCUCAUGAAUCGACUGUUCGAGAUAAAGGUACGGGAAAACCUGUGGACGGCAUUCAGCAAGCAAACCACGAUUUGUGUGCUUAUACUCGAGAUCAUAGAUCUCAUUCAAAAGGGUGAAGCCACAGAAAAGAAAAGUGUGAAGGCGGAGGAGAUGCACGACCCCUCGUUGUUUUAG